GAGCAUAAGCAUGAAGACUAAUUCAUCCUAGCUACCUCUAUUUAUUCCUUACUGUUUGUUCUCCUACACAGUCGCGACAAAUAUCGAUCCCUUUCCCUGCAGAAAAAGGGAAUUAGGUGCAGGCACGUAGAAUUAGUGUAAUCAUGAAGUCACUCAUAAUGAUGAAGAAGACGAAGCUGCUGGACCUGCAGUGCCUGCCCAUAGUAAUUGAUCCCUUCAUCAUCAUCCUCAUCUUCAUGAUGGGCAGCUUACCACCAACUCUAUCAGUCUCAAAUUAUUCAGUUGCAAAGCCCAACUGCAUUGAUCGUUGCGGCGACGUAAGAAUCCCUUUUCCUUUUGGCACCACACCAGAUUGUUACGAAAACCGUAGUUUCUUUGUCGAAUGCAACCAAACCUUCAGUCCCCCUAAACUUUACUGGGGAAACAGCUCAAUAGAGAUCACAAAUAUAUCACUAGAUGGCCAACUCACAGUCUUGCAGUACAUAGCUCGUGACUGCUAUGCUCCAAAUGCCACCCGGAUUUCACAUAACAAUCCGUGGAUAACGUUACCCAAAUAUUUUACAGUUAACAAUACUGCGAACAAGUUCACUAUUGUGGGUUGUGAUACAUAUGCCUAUGUUUCCGGUAGGUGGCUUAACCAGUCGUACACAACGGGUUGCAUGGCCUUCUGUAACGCCAAGGACGAUCUGGUGGAAGGAUCCUGCAUGGGGUUAGGCUGCUGCCAGCUGACCUACAUUCCUCAAGAUGUUUGGAGUGUGGAAAUUGACCUGAGGAGUUAUAGUAAUUAUACAAAUCGUUCAGGCUUCGAUAAUUGCAGCUAUGCUUUUCUUGCUGAGGAAACUGCCUUCACUGUUUCUCGGCAUAGUAUUGCAAAAUUGAAGAAUGUUACACACCUUCCUAUGCUGGCUGAUUGGGCAAUUGGGAAUAUGACGACAUGCAAGGAGGCCGAGAAGAACUCCUCAGCUUAUGCUUGUAAAAGUCUUAAUUCCAAGUGCCACAAGCCCGAAAACGGUUAUGGGUACCGAUGUAGUUGCCUGGAGGGCUAUCAAGGAAAUCCUUAUCUCGUUGAUGGCUGUCAAGAUAUAGAUGAAUGUAAGCUCGGCAAGUGCAGAGAUGAUUGUCGGAACACCAAUGGCAACUAUACCUGUCUUUGCCCAAAAGGGUACCAUGGUGAUGGACAAAAUUGCAGUCCUGCAGGUGAUUCUGGUGAAUCACUCAUUCUAAAACUUGUAGCAGGAAUUGCCGUUGCGAUCAUACUCCUGCUACUUGUUGCUUUCUUGUUGUACUGGGAACACAAGAAAAGAAGCUUCAACAAGAUGAAGCAGAAGUUCUUCCUUCAAAAUGGUGGCACACUGUUACAAGAGAAGCUCCAUGCAAGAGGAAGAUCACCAGAAUCUGUGAAGAUUUUCACUUCAUUUGAGCUUAAAAAAGCAACAGAUGACUUUAAUGAUAGUAUGAUAGUUGGCCAAGGAGGCUUUGGCAUCGUGUACAAAGGCUUGUUACCAGAUAACAGCAUAGUUGCCAUCAAGAAGUCUAAAUACGUCGAUCCAAACCAAGUCGAGCAAUUCAUCAAUGAGGUGAUAGUUCUUUCUCAAGUAAACCACAGAAAUGUCGUUAGGCUCCUUGGUUGUUGCUUAGAAACAGAAGUUCCUCUUCUGGUAUAUGAAUUCAUCAGCAACGGAACGCUUUCUUCACACAUACACAAUCAAGCGAGGGCACAUUUUCUUUCUUGGGAUAUACGACUAAAGAUUGCUGCAGAAGCUGCUGGAGUGCUCUCAUACUUGCACUCAGCUGCUGCGACUCCAAUCAUACAUAGAGACAUCAAGUCAGAAAAUAUUCUAUUAGAUCAUGGUUUCACAGCUAAAGUGUCUGAUUUUGGAGCCUCAAGACUGGUUCCUCUGGAUCAUACGCAGUUGUCUACAGUGGUGCAGGGAACUCUUGGAUACUUAGAUCCUGAAUACAUGCAAACCAACCAAUUGACUGAGAAAAGUGAUGUCUAUAGCUUCGGUGUAGUCCUCUUGGAACUACUAACAGGCAGGAGGGCUAUAACCUUUGAUAAGCCAGAGGACGAGAAAAAUUUAGCCAACUUUUUCUUUUCUGUGCUAAAGCAAGAACGCUUAUUUGAUGUUCUUGAUGAUAAUAUUUUGGGUGAUGAUCGAAAUAGGGAACAGAUAAUGGAAGUUGCUAGGCUUGCACAGGGGUGCUUAAAUGUGAAAGGGGAAGAUAGGCCUAGUAUGAAAGAAGUUGCAAUGGAACUAGAAGGGCUGAGACAUGGAGGGAAUCACUCAUGGGCCCAAAAUGAAAGCAAUGCAGAAGAGGCGGAAUCCUUGCUUGGUGCGCGAUAUAAUGGCAUUUCCAUUGACAGUGAUGGUGAUAGCAGGAGUGUUGGAUUUGAUAGCCUCAAGAAUGCUGUUGUACUGGGUGGAGGAAGAUGAUGCCUGAUUAUGCCAGGCAAGUAUGGAUCACUAGUUCUUUGAUCGAAUCAGUUAGUUUUUUAAGUCCUAUUAUACUCGUAUUAUCUUAGUCUUAUUUGUUCGAUGGGAUUGUAGUAUAUUGUUCUGAUGCUGCAACUCUCAAUACCCAUGUAGAAUUCAAAAGUAACAUACCCAACUUGAACUUUAAGUUUAUGGGGCAAGUAAAUUAUUGCCAGUCUGACUUC